GGGGCAGUACUUGGGCUGGGGGAGCAUAGCCCACUCCAGGGCCUUGUCCUCAACUUUGGGGCGCCAAACCACCCUUCGUCUGAUCAGCUGAGCUGGAAUCGGGCCCCUCCAGUUGAGUGAUGGAGAAGAGUUUAAUGAGGAGCUAUCUCCGAGGUGCGGGCCAGCUGAGGGGGACCCAGCAAGGGCUCGAGGAGCUCCCAGGGCUACCAACGGUGGGGAGCUGCCACCACCCCUCGGCCUCCAGGGCGGAGCAGAGGAGAUGCAGACCCCAGAAAGGGAGCUAGAGGGAAAGGGCUGCCGAGGAGCUGGGGCCUUUGCUAGAGGAACGCAGCCACUGCUGCUGCCCCAGUGCCUCCCACUGGCCAAACCCAACCAGAAUCAGAGGAAAGACAGGCCACUGACACAGUGUGUAGUGGCCAGCCUGCAGGGGCAGAGAGCAGGUGGAGAGGGGUGGACAGGGCACCAGGACAGGGCAAACAAGAUCUCCAGCACACAAUCAAGCACAAGAGAUUCUCAUGUAAAAUGGACACUCGUGUACUGAUUCAAGCAAGGAUGGUCAUGGAGAAUCCAGGCCUCCACACCCCUUUUCAAAGCCCCCGGAAAACAAGGCUCCUCAGAAGGUUUGGGGCUAGUGCGGAAUCUAGAAAAGGGAACCGGUAACCUGGGAACACGUGCAAAGGCCCACCACUCUCAGACCCACGGCAGGUGACCACCUGGCCCGCUCCAGAAUACUCGUGUGUGCCGGGUGGGUGCAUGUUGUCUUUCCCUCAGACCACGCUGGGUAAACUGAGACACCUCCAGCAGAGCCUGCCUGCAGUGAUCACAGUCCUCUCAGCAGCCGGACCCAGCACAGCUGAGCCGGGCGAAGCUCCCUUUGGUCCCCAGAUGAGCCAGCGUCUGGGGAUGCUUCUAGCCAUUUCCACUGGACUUGGAUUUUCCAGUACCUCCUAGACAAGACCAUUUCAUUUUUGAGCAUCUUCCCUGCACCAGGCAGGGACAGGGAUUGCUGGACUCAGCCAGUUGACAUUUGUAAUUAAAUGGACUAGUCAAAUGACAGUUCACUGUAGUCAAUUUAGACCACUGCACCAGUUGGCUGGUUGACCAGUUGGCCCAGUGGAAAGUAUGCGUAUUGACCUGGAUUCUGGUAGCGACUGAAGAACGGGGUGGUCUCAGCCACAUACAGCGUAAGGAUGUCCACUCCUCCAGGGCUGUGUCAUUCGUCUUUGAUUCCCAGCGCCCAGCACGGAGCUGGACACUCAGGCUGAAGCGUAGCUGCCGUUGCUAUGUGUGCAGGACCAGGUACAUAGGAGAACAGCCGGGCAUGAAGCGGAUUGAUUGACGAAUGGAGUGGACUGUGGUGAGACUCUUCAUGGAGAAGGUAAUUGCCUGUUUGGCAGGAACACCCUAGGAGGCAAUGUGAUGUCCUCAAAGCUGAUAGACUGUCCUAGGAAUUAUCUUGGUCACGAUCACAUUUAAGAAUGUGCUUCUUCCCACAAUGGCAAACAGGGCCAUCGAGAGCCUACCAUCUUGCAUAAAGCUGAGAGGUGGGCUGAGGCCUAAUUUUGAAAUGAAUCUCUUGAAAACAUGGAAACAAUUAGCAGAAAAUAACCCAAGAGACCCUCUUGGUGAGAGGUGAGAAGGAAUGCUUCCCCUGAGCAUUAGACCUGAGGUUGCCCACGGUCCCAUCCAGGAAGUACACGCAGGUUCCCAGCACUUGUCCCUGUGCUUGGCACGCAGCAGGAACUGAGUCAACAUUCCUUGAGUUGAAUUGAAUCUGUGGCCUUCAGAGCUACUGACCUCAAGUUGCGGGGGCCGGAUCUGGACGAGUUUUCAUUUGGUGGCUCCGUGACCUCAGGCCAAUCCCAAGACCUAGCCUCAGUUUCCUCGUCUGUGCAGUGGGGACAAUCACGUGAUUUGAGAAUUAGAUGAUGUCAUGCUGGGAAGGCUCCGACGGACAGCAAAGGUUGCCCGCCUGUAUACCGGGAGGCCACACAACAAGGCUCCCAUUGUUUUGGGGGGUGGAGGGAGCUUUGAUUCCCAUGACUUCAUCUGUAAAGGUCCUUCCUUUGGAGGAAGAGAGAAGAGUGGGAACAGCUUGACGGCAUCAGGCCGCUGGGAAGCCAGGGCUGAGGCCGUGACAUGAGGGCCCAAGAAUGAGGAUUAGAUUUCAGCCAGGCGUGAAGGCGCGUGGGGGAGGCCACCUCGAGCCCCGCCCGCCCCCUCCUGCGGCCACUCCAUCCAGUCCCUCCUCCCUGGGAUCCGUUAACUCACCCUCAGAUGCCACCCUCACUGCUGAGCCCACGGGAUGCUGCUGCAGUGGAAGGGGCCCCCAGGGCCAUCAGAGCCUUGUUUGUGGUGGUCCUUGAGCUGCGUGAUGCUUUGCUAAGCUCCCCCCUCCUCUGAGUAGAGGCCGUUUUUGGAAUGCAACCCCAGAAACCUGCAGGGAGCCCCACCUGAAGGCCCCAGCCCUCUGCGCUCUCCUGCCCCACGGCCGGGCUGUGUCAUCACCUCCGGAGAGGGUUACUGGAGGCUGCACAGCACCAGAACGGAUUUGAUUUGGGCCCUCUGGCAGGCCUAUGACAUCAUGGGGAUUGUUCACUGUUUGGGAAAAUAACUGUUUUUCACAUGGCAACAGCUCCUGUCCUCAAUGCUGGCCUUGUGAGGACGGGGACUCCCUACUGUGAGUUGGAAAUGAUAUCACAAGACCAUCUUAAGGAUCACGUGACCCAAAUCUGGUCCCUCCCUCCCCACACGUCCUCCAUGUUGCCAAAGGUGACAGAGCCUGAGCCUCACCUUCCCAGGGUGUAGGUUGGGACUAAAGGUAUCUGGUCCCGAGAGCAGCCUGCCUCACCUGCUGUGGACUGGAUACAGGCCAGCAGCCCAGAAGCGGAGUCCCCACGUGGCCGGCCUCCAUGCUAGGGGGGAUCAUCACCCGUCACCUUACACCUCCCUAAUGAAAGCGUCCCAGGCGAGGGCUCGGGGCCGGCAGCUGUUGUUGUGCCCAUUGUACAGAGCAGCAAACUGAGGCUCCGAGGGAUGAGUGCCUAAAGGCCCUGAGGUGUGCCUCCUCCAAAGCCUCAGAGGGCCGUGUGAGGACCGGGUUUGCUGAGCAGACACGCGGCUGGCUGUGACCUGGGCUCUGACCAUGCUCUGCCAUGGCCUCCACGGCCCAGGGCCUCUGUCUUCAGGUAGGUCUGAGGGCACCUACCCCCCGCCCCCCGCAUGAUGUGAUGUGAUGACCCUCACUGCUCAGGCAGCCUGGAAGGCAAGCAGGCCUCGCUCGUGGCUCCACACAGGACCCGCCACGGACUCAGCUCCUCCUAGAGCAGGCCCUGAGGACACGUGCGUUAAUGCCAGCUCUCAGCCGAGAAAGCUGAGACUCCCAGGAGCUCGAGGACAGGCUGGCCACCCUCAGGUGAGGGGCGGAGCCCAGGUGGAGCCCCUUUCCCACCACAUCAUCGGGCUGCCCCCCUGGACUUCCAUCCCCCCAGGAAGGGAAAGCUCGUGAUGAGCUCCCUGGUUCAAGAGGGGCAGCCGCACGCGUUUCCCUGGGCUUCCCUCACAGCCAGACCCCCGUAGGGAACCCCACACCUAAGGGGUUCCUGUCUCAGGGAAAAGACAGAGCUGUAUUUUCAAUAACCUUUGAGUUCAUCAGCAAGAAUAGGCAGGACCCUGAUGGGCAAAACGUGGCUGUGAAGACGGGACCAUGCCCAGGGGGCAAGGGGGCCCAGCCCGGCCCCAGCCCCGAGCCCAGGCUGUGAGUCCCUAGCGAACCUUCAUCUCGCUGGGCUGACCAAUAAGAAGUGAAUGAGGUGCUGGAUGUGGACAAGCUUUUUCAGAAACAUGAAGGUACGUUCACAGAGCUGCAUCUCCUGAGGACAGAAGCCCCUCUGCCAGCGGACUGUGGGUUUCAACGGCGAAAACACCCCACACUCGGCAUCCCAUGGUCCCAGAUGAAGUCACCCCCACAAAAUGAAAGUGAACAAAAUUUUAAUACCUAACGCUGAAGCACACGCCCGGCACACACACACAUGUCAUUACAAAGUUCCAAUGCCCGGCUUCCUAACAGAUGUUCCUUGUGGGACCAGAAAUGAGAAGCCACCCAAGAAAUCCUGAAUUCUUUGAGAACCUUCUGACAACACCGUCUACAAAUUUUGGAGCAAAUGGCCUUAUUUGUAACAAAUGGUUGCUGAUGGAAUAAGUUCAUAUAGUUUAUUGAGUAUGUAUUAUAAAAGCCAGUAGUUCUCAAGUAUCCUCUUGGAGAGCUGCAAUUUCUAUAGGAAGUUCAGUUUUUUCAUUCCAGCGAUAAUUUUCCCCCAAAAUUGUAUAAAGAUAAAGACAGAACUCCUUUGCAGUUCUAAUUUGCCUUUCAGUAAGUCUCAUAGAGUAAGUCUGCAGGACACACCCUGGCGGGGACACAUUCUCAGGAUGGGAAGGGUAUUUUUCUCUUUAACCCCCCCAAAACUACCACCAUCCCCCAUCCUACAGGAAAAGCGGCAGAAUCACAGGGAAAAAUUAACAUCUAAUACCAGGCUUUUUCUAAAGUAUUAAGUGUUUCCUGUCCCCUGGAAACAGUGCAGGGGUGGCGGAGACCGCAGGUGAUGCGGUGGGGCCCUGACUGAGGAUGACCCCCAGCCCCUCCCCCAGGCCCUGGCUGCACUUGCUGAAGUUGGUGGAGCCACCCUCUGAAACAGGACAGGGGGAGAGUUCCCCCCUCUUUUCAGAAGAGGUGGAAAUCAUCCCUUGUGAGGGUGGCAGGCCCUUGUAAGGUGCACUUCUCAGCUGUGCCCUUCCCUUGAACCCCCUGAAUAAAAUGCACCGUUUACCCACCAGGUUCAGGCACCUCGGGGAGGGACACAGGAGAGCCUGGAGUGCCAGCCUCGGCAGGCAGUCGGGGCGGGGUGUGGGCGGAGUGGACGGUAGGGGUGGAGAGGCGACGCGCAGGUGAUAGAACAAACAGCCCGGGGAAGAGAGAAGGGGCUGCUCUUUUCAGGGAGGAGCCUGGACCCCAGGCCUGCAGGGCCUGGUCCACCUGUGCCCGCGGCGUGCCCUGCGCUGAUCCUGGUGGGCUGCGGGUAAUCUGGACCCGGGUUGGAUCGGCCCCCCGCCCCGCCCCCGCGGCCCCCAGGUCGACAUUGGGCUCAAUCCUCCCAGUCCAGGCCUCAGGGCGCCCGCUUCAGUGCAGGGCGCCUGUCCCCGGCUGCAGAUUUGCUCCGUGCCCCACCCCCGCCCCCGGAGGCCCCUGCAGGUGCGCCCUGCUGGGGAGGAAGAGCCCAUCCCUGACCUCAGGGCGCCCCAGCAUUGGGGAGAAGGCUGCCUCGGAAGGGAGGGGCCGCCGCCUGGGAAAGGGGCUCCAAGGAGGGACCCUGGCGGUCUUCGCGCUCCGAUGUGCUCAAUCUAACACGCAGGGCGCGGCCGGGAGAAUGGGGAGGAGGCGUCUCGAGGUCCCCGCAGAAGACGCGCGGGAUAGGGAGGGGAGAAGGGAUGCCCCGGGUCGGGAGAAGGGGCGUCCGGGCUCCCCUCCAAGCAGAAGCGCGGGACAGAGCGCAGGAGAGAACGGGAGCCCCGAGUUGGGGCGGAAACGCGCUCGACAGGAGGGGGCGCUCAGGCCACCGCCAGCCAGCGCUCCCCGAGCCCCCUGCCUCCCCUGAACUGCCUUCCUCGACCCCGCGCCACCUUUCCUAACGCGUGCCCCGCCCCGCAGCGCCCCCUUCCCUCCCCGCACCGCCACCCCGCCGCCCCCGCGGCUGCAGCGCGCGCGGGAGCCGGGAGGGGGCGCCGGCGGUGACGCGCGCUCUCCGGGCGACGCGGGGGAUUCAAGCGCGAUAUAAGGCGCGGAGCCAGAGGGCGAGUCCCAGACGCAGCGCUCGGAGGAGAGAGGGACCCGCCGCCCGCAUGGCCCCCGCCUGUUGCCCUGCCGGAGCCCUGAUGCUCGCGUACGCGGGCCUGCUGGCCGCCGCCGCGGGCCUCGGCUCCCCGGAGCCCGGCGCGCCCUCGGGGAGCCGCGCCUGCGAGGAGCCGCCACCCGGGAACGAGCUGCCUGCGGGGUCGGACGCCCGCCCGCAGGAGCCCACCGUGGGGCAAGUGCACGGCGUCGACCCCCGAGAUGCCUGGAUGCUCUUCGUUAGGCAGAGUGACAAGGGCGUCAACAGCAAGAAGGGCAGCAGAGGCAAAGCCAAGAAGUUGAAGCUCGGCCUGCCAGGUCCCCCAGGGCCCCCCGGGCCCCAGGGCCCCCCGGGCCCCAUCACCCCACCGGAGGUCCUGCUGAAAGAGUUCCAGUUGCUUCUGAAAGGCGCGGUGCGGACACGCGAGUGCGCGGAGCCUGAGCCCCGCCCGCGCGGCCCCGCAGCGGUGCCGGCCGUCCCCGCGGAGGACGAGGAGGAGGACGAGGAGGAGGCGGCGGGGGGCGCGGACGUGCUGGCGCUGCGGGCUGCGCCCCUGGCCCCGGGUCCGCGGGCGCCGCGCGUCGAGGCCGCCUUCCACUGCCGCCUGCGCCGGGACGCGUCGGUGGAGCGGCGCGCGCUGCACGAGCUCGGCGUCUACUACGUGCCCGACGCCGAGGGCGCCUUCCGCCGCGGCCCGGGCCUGAACCUGACCAGCGGCCAGUACACGGCGCCCGUCUCCGGCUUCUACGCGCUCGCCGCCACGCUGCACGUGGCGCUGGCCGAGCAGACGAGACGGGCGCCGCCGCGCCCCCGGGACCGCCUGCGCCUGCUCAUCUGCAUCCAGUCCCGGUGCCAGCACCACGCCUCCCUGGAGGCUGUCAUGGGGCUGGAGAGCAGCAGCGAGUUCUUCACCAUCUCGGUCAACGGCGUGCUGUAUCUGCAGGCGGGGCAGUACACCUCCGUCUUCCUGGACAAUGCCAGCAGCUCCUCCCUCACAGUGCGCGGUGGCUCCCACUUCAGUGCUGUCCUCCUCGGUGUAUGACUGGCCACCCCAGGCCCUCCCUCUCGCCGGGCAAAUGGAGCAGGAGUGCGAACAAUCUCGGGGCCGUGGCGGAGGCCACACGCAGGAGGGAGCCCGCCAACU